GAGAUUCCGACCAACGAGUUGAGCGGCCAGAGCGGCCCCGAGGGCUCCGCGAUGCCCUGGCGGCUCGGGUGGUUUGGGGUUCUGGGGGUCCCCCCAUGGCCCCCCCUGGCCCCCCCCCAGGGCGGGAAGGCGUCGGGGCUGCGCGAGGCCCUGCAGAAGAAAAUCGGGGCCCUGGAGCUGCAGCUGCGUCUCCAUGGCAACGGCUCCCGUCACCAUGGCAACCACCACGGCAACCACCACGGAGACCACCACGGAGACCACCAUGGAGACCACCAGGACCAUCACCACGGUCACCAUGGCAACCACCACCAUGAAAAGCAUCAUGAGGGUCUCCAUGGCAACCACCAUGGUCUCCAUGGCAACCACAAUGGUGAUCAUCAGGAGAAGCAUCAUGAGGGUCUCCAUGGCAACCACCACGGUCACCAUGGAGACCACCACGAGGGUCUCCAUGGCAACCACCAUGGCGACCACCACCAUGAGAAGCAUCAUGAGGGUCUCCAUGGCAACCACCAUGGUCUCCAUGGCAACCACCAUGGUGAGAAGCAUCACGAGGGUCUCCAUGGCAACCACCAUGGUCACCGUGGCAACCACCAUGAUGAUCAUCAUGAGAAGCAUCACAAUCUCCAUGGCAACCACCACAGUCACCAUGGAGACCACCACGGUGACCACCAGGAGAAGCAUCACGAGGGUCUCCAUGGCAACCACCACGGGGGUCUCCAUGGCAACCACCACGAGGGUCUCCAUGGCAACCACCACCAUGAAAAGCAUCACAGUCUCCAUGGCAACCACCAUGGCAACCACCACAGUCUCCACGGUCACCAUGGCAACCAGCACCACCACGAGAAGCAUCACGGGGACCACCACGAGGGUCUCCAUGGCAACCACCACGGUGACCACCAGGAGAAGCAUCACGAGGGUCUCCAUGGCAACCACCACGGUCUCCAUGGCAACCACCAUGAUGAGAAACAUCCCCAUGGUCUCCAUGGUCACCAUGGCAACGACCACCAUGAUGACCACCAGGAGAAGCAUCCUGAGGGUCUCCAUGGCAACCACCACGAGGGUCUCCAUGGCAACCAUCAUGGUCUCCAUGGCAACCACGAGAAGCAUCAUGGGGACCACCACGAGGGUCUCCAUGGCAACCACCACCACGGUCACCAUGGGGACCCCCAUGAGAAGCAUCCUGAGGGUCUCCAUGGCAACCACCACGAGGGUCUCCAUGGCAACCACCACCCCCUGGGUCACCAUGGCAACCACGGCAACCACCACGAGGGUCUCCAUGGCAACCCCCAUCAUGGUCACCAUGGCAACCCCUCCAAGCUCCAGGAGCUCCUGCAGGGUUUCCAUGGCAACCACAGCAAAGCCCUGGGCAACCUCCUCCAUCCCCCCGGUUUCCAUGGCAACCAACCCAAGCACAACCUCCUGGAGGGUCUCCAUGGCAACCUGGGCGGUAACCAUGGCAACCGUCACCCCCAGGGCCGUCUCCAUGGCAACCCAGCCCAUCCACAGCCCUGGGGGCGUCGCCAUGGCAACCACCAGGGGGGAGGGGAGGAGGAGGAGGAGGAAGAAGAGGAGGAGGAAGAGGAAGAGGAGGAGCAUCAGGGCUCCCCCGUGGGUCGCUUUUUCCGCGUGUCCUUCCCCCUCCGCACCAAUUACAUGUUCGCGCGUGUCCGGCCCGCGCUGCGGCGGCCUCUGCGGGCGCUCUCGGCGUGUCUUUGGCUCCGGCCCGGGGGGCUCUCCCCGAAUUUGGGGACCCCCUUCUCGUACGCGGCCCCCGGGCAGCCCAACGAGCUCGUCCUGCUCGCCUGGGGGGGCCGCCCCAUGGAGCUGCUCGUCGAUGACCAGGCGGUGGCCCUGUCCCUGUCCCCCUCCCCGGGGAGGUGGCACCACGGCUGUGUCACCUGGGCGGCCUCGGGGGGCACCUGGAGCAGCUUCCAGGACGGGGUCCCGCGGGGCAGGGGGGGGGUCUCGCCCCGGGGCACCCCCUGAGACCCCACGGGGUCCUCGUGCUGGGACAGG